GUAUCAAUUUAGUUUGGAACUAUCAUAGGAAGCGACACGUGAAAUGGCAAAAGUUCUCUUGGGGUGGAUAGUUCUUGUGGUGAACAUAUUGGGAGUCGCUCUGAAGAACACGGCCGAGUAUAUCAGCGCUCACAACUAUCCCGUGGAGAAGCAUACGGCGGUGACCCAAGAUGGUUACGAGCUUACCCUCUUUCGGAUACCGUACUCUCUUCGCCGUCCCAGUACGCCGGGAUUAAAGCCCGCCGUACUUUUGAUGCACGGUAUGACUUGCUCCUCUGACUAUUGGGUGAUUACCUGUCCAGAGGAAGGUCUCCCAUUCCUACUGGCCGACGAGGGCUACGACGUUUGGCUGGCUAACAGCCGAGGAAACACAUAUUCGCGCAAGCACAAAUCCCUUAGCCCUAAGAAUAGGAAGUUCUGGGAGUUCGAUUGGCAUGAGAUCGGAAUAUAUGACAUCACCAAAAGCAUCGAACUUAUACAGGAUGUGACUGGACAAAGCGCUGUGCACUAUGUGGGACACUCGCAGGGAGGUACUUCAUUUCUGGCGAUGCUCUCGAUGCGACCUGAGUACAAUCAAAGAAUUAAGACGAGCCAUCUCCUCGGUCCGGCUGUCUUCAUGGGAAAAAUGCCGUCAAAGCUAGUGAAAGUUUUAAGGUUUUAUUUUCUUAAGCUGCCCGACAUGGAAGUGAUGUACAACGAGCCCUUUGUACGCAAGAUGCUGGAGUCCCUGUGCUCCAAAUUCGUGAUAAAAUACUUGGUCUGUCGGAAUGUAGCCUUUAUAAUUUCUGGCGGUGCCUCAAAAUAUUUAAAUACGACCCUUAUACCGGCAAUCGCGGGUACAGCUUCAGCGGGUAUUUCAAGUCGUCAAAUUAAGCACUAUGCCCAACUUAUAAACUCCGGAAAAUUUGCCCUCUACGACUUUGGAACCAAGGAUAAUCUCAAGAUCUAUCGCAAAAUAAAUCCACCAGACUAUCCGCUAAAUGUGGCGCACACUCGUCACCCCAUUGAAUUUUACUACAGCAACGGCGACCGCCAUGUCAGCCGUGGAGGAUGUGGAGCGGGCCAUCAUGGCUUUGCCCAAUGCACGACGACAUCUCAUGCCGUUAACCGGAUGGGGUCACAUCGACUAUGUCUUCGGCCAAAAUCUAAAGGAAAAUGCGCAAUACCAAAUAUUUUUAAGCCCGUGGUCUUUAUUCAGCAUGGAAUGACCGGCUCCUCGGACACCUUUCUGUUGACCGGACCCUCGGAUGGCUUGCCCUACAUGCUCGCAGACGCUGGAUUCGAUGUGUGGCUGGGCAACUCACGGGACAACACCUACUUUCACAAGCACAAACGCUUAAGUCCUCGUAGAAAACACCCCGCUUUGUGUGGACAGGCCGAGUAUAUCAGCGCUCACAACUAUCCCGUGGAGAAGCAUACGGCGGUGACCCAAGAUGGUUACGAGCUUACCCUCUUUCGGAUACCGUACUCUCUUCGCCGUCCCAGCACGCCGGGAUUAAAGCCCGCCGUACUUUUUAUGCACGGUAUGACUUGCUCCUCUGAUUAUUGGGUGAUUACCUGUCCAGAGGAAGGUCUCCCAUUCCUACUGGCCGACGAGGGCUACGACGUUUGGCUGGCUAACAGCCGAGGAAACACAUAUUCGCGUAAGCACAAAUCCCUUAGCCCGAAGAAAAGGAAGUUCUGGGAGUUCGAUUGGCAUGAGAUCGGAAUAUAUGACAUCACCAAAAGCAUCGAACUUAUACAGGAUGUGACUGGACAAAGCGCUGUGCACUAUGUGGGACACUCGCAGGGAUGUACUUCAUUUCUGGCGAUGCUCUCGAUGCGACCUGAGUACAAUCAAAGAAUUAAGACGAGCCAUCUCCUCGGCCCGGCUGUCUUCAUGGGAAAAAUGCCGUCGAAGCUAGUGAAUGUUUUAAGGUUUUAUUUUCUUAAGCUGCCCGACAUGGAAGUGAUGUACAACGAGCCCUUUGUACGCAAGAUGCUGGAGUACCUGUGCUCCAAAUUCGUGAUAAAAUACUUGGUCUGUCGGAAUGUAGCCUUUAUAAUUUCUGGCGGUGCCUCAAAAUAUUUAAAUACGACCCUUAUACCGGCAAUCGCGGGUACAGCUUCAGCGGGUAUUUCAAGUCGUCAAAUUAAGCACUAUGCCCAACUUAUAAACUCCGGAAAAUUCGCCCUCUACGACUUUGGAACCAAGGAUAAUCUUAAGAUCUAUCGCAAAAAAAAUCCACCAGACUAUCCGCUAAAUGUGGCGCACACUCGUCACCCCAUUGAAUUUUACUACAGCAACGGCGACCGCAUGUCAGCCGUGGAGGAUGUGGAGCGGGCCAUCAAGGCUUUGCCCAACGCACGACGACAUCUCAUGCCGUUAACCGGAUGGGGUCACAUCGACUAUGUCUUCGGCAAAAAUCUAAAGAAAAAUGUUAACAAUGAUAUUAUCAAAAUUAUGAAUACCUUUGAGUCUCGCUCAAGCCGAGCCUAACAAUCCCACUGAAUAAGUACGUGUGUUGUACCAGUAAGAUGCGUCGUAUACGUGAUGUAUUAAACGAAAGGGGGAACCUUAGCAAACGAA